CCACCUGAUUCUUGCCUCUCCUCCACCUCCUCCCUAUUCCUUGUCACCUGCCACGUCGGCGAGCGACGUUUCCGAGCCCCGAGCAGGGUGCUCAUCCAUCGCGCGCCAGCCAGCCAAUGCUGAGCGAUCCACUAUGGCUUCCUCUCCUACCCCUUCCUCCUCUUCGACGUCUGGGGCGCCGGUGACGUACAAGCCGUACGUGAGCCACAGGCGCAACGCAUCAUCCCUAGCCUCCUCAGCAUCCAUCACCCCCGCUGCCACUCCUCCGCCUCCCUCUCUCACACCUCCCAUCGAGUCGGCAUCGGCACAGCACGCGGGGCCCUCUCAGAGCACCCCUCGUGCCCAACAUGUGCUCCCCGUGAGCAAUGGGCUUAGCCACUCUGUGAGCUCACCACCUCCUGUCCGAAAAGUCGCCUUGCCCUCCAGCUCCACAACUACAUCAGCCGCGCCUCCGCCUCUUCGUAGAGUAUCCGCUUUGCGAGCGCAAGAGUCAGCUCCGCUCCCAAAUGGAAAGGGCAAGGGCAAGAGCAGGGCUGUCGCGCAAACAGAGGCCGCAGUGGAAUUGGACGCACAUCUUGAAGGGCCUGCUGCAGACGAGUCAUUCAGUGUUUCACUCCCAAACGGCGGUGGGGAGUCAGAUGCAACGACCGGUCGAGCUCUUGGUGCAGCAGCUGUGAUAUCAUCGUCAAACGGCAAGUCUCGCCCGACGGACACAAAUAGGAACGGCCCCUCUCGCACUCCGGGCUCGGUCGCUCCUCCUUCUCCGCGAGGCAGUGAUGCGCAUUCAUACACUCAAAGUAAAGGGGAAGCUUCCCGGAAUCGAACCCAGGCACUGACCACUCACAAAUCAUCGCGCUCGCUCGCCGGGCAGAGUGAAAUGGCAUUGCCCCAUCACAUCUCCACGGCGGCGCGCCUACGCGAGCACAACAGGUCGCCCUCGACCAUCUCUCAAAAUUCGAUCCAACGCGGCGUACACAGCGACGCAGUUGAGAUGGAUCAUGCUUUCGCUACGAUCGCAGCAAUGCCCGGCAUGGACCUGAACGCUGAUGCAGGCUUUCAGCCAAAGGGAACGGAGAGGAAUAGAUCCGAGGAGUUUUUGGCGCUCAGGCGAGAUCACAAGAGCAAAGAGGCCAGCAAGGAGAUGGAUUUGGAAGGUGAAAGAAUGGAGAGGAGGCUGGAAAAGCUCACUGCGUUGCACUUUAGCGGAGGCGGGGAAGAGGGGAGCGUAGGCAGCUUUCGUGGGUCCGCCUCUGCUGGCUCGUGGGCUGAUUCCCUACGAGGCUGGGCCAGCGCGGAGAAAGCCGCAGAAGCCCAGCUGCGCCAGCAGGAGAUGCAAAUCGUGCGCUGGGAGGACGAUGGCGCGAGAAAGACGUGUCCUAUAUGCUCCACGCCAUUCAGCCUUGCUGUCCGCAAACACCACUGUCGACUCUGCGGCAGCGUCGUGUGCGCCUCGCCCCACUUGUCUUUGCCGCCGGGACUUGCAGAGACCUUUUCUCAAACCGAACAUGCCGCGCAACAGGCCAAAUGCUCUGGUCUCGUGCUCGCAGAUCCUCAAACGAGCAUCAUACGAGAUGCGAACGCAACGUCUGAUGGUAGAGUAGGCUUUCGGAUCUGCACGCGGUGUAGGGCAACCAUCACUCGUCGACAGUACAUGCUGGAUGACGAAAAGGUGCCAGUGUAUCUACAGCUGUACGAAGCAUUGAUACAGCUGCAACGCGAGAUCGAGCAGACUCUGCCGGAAUUUCAAGAGAUGGUGCUGGGCUUGCAGAAGCAGGAUGCGAGCGCUGCGCUGGGGACCGAUCCGCAUAGGGACCUGCAACGAACUCCAACAAAGGCCAAGAGCGCCUUGGCGCUGCAAAGGAACGCUGCGCAGGCGAGGAAAGCGCUGCUCGCCAACUUUGCAAAUUACGAUGCGCUCGCGAGGCGCAUACAAGCUCUGCCUGCCGGCACCAACCAAGCGCAAAAGCGCGUACAAGAGUCCAUUUGGACUCGAGCCAAUCUCUUCUUGCAGCAGAAUAUGUUUCCUUUGCAAUCACUUCCCGGCGCGAUCACCAAGGGCACCAACGAAAAGUCACGCUCCAAGAAAUCCGACGCGAGCGCUUCGCCGUCGGGGACCAACUCUGCGGCGGCGCAAGAGGCAGUGCAAGAGCUUCAAGUUCUCGAAGAACAGUACAGAUCGGUGUCUGCGUGGGCGGAUGCCGCGCAGAACAAUAGACAAUUGGAGGAUGCGAGGACGUUGCGAGCCUCUGCGGACGAGGUAGCCAAGGAGGUUCAGAGGCGGCGCAGAGAGCUUACAGAGCUCGGCAUACUGCGAGAUCAUUAAUGCAUGACGUGUUGCAUUUCGAAGCCGUGCGUGUCGGCGAUACAAGUACAGCAAUCGUGAAUGCAUGUGACGGUCGGUGUGGUAGACACUGUGACGUG